AUGUGCAACAUUCUUCUUCGAUUCCUCUUUGCGAAAACUUCCAUUCCACCCGAAUAUGACAUGGUCUACGAUUUGUUUUAUCGCCAUUCCAUACGUCCCUCUCCUUUCUCUUUCUUGUACCGAUUUCUGGCCUCCUACUCCUCAAACUAUUCCUCUUUCUAUUCCGCCAUUUUUCAUACCUUUCUUUUCCUUUCUUUUCUUUCUUUUCAUCUGAUUCUUUCUUUCUUUCUUUCUUUCUUUCUUUCUUUCUUUCUUUCCGUCUUUCUUUCUUUCUUUGUUAUACUCUAUAUCCCUUUUUCUCCUGUCUUCUUCUCCUCUUUCUUCUUUUUUCUUCUUUCUUCCUUUUUACUUGAUUCCUUUCUUUAUCUAUUUCCUUUUGAUUUUAGUUUCUUUUUCUUUCUAUUAUUCUUUCUUUUUUCAUCUGAUUCUUUCUUUCUUUCUUUCUUUCUUUCUUUUCUUUCUUUCUUUUCCGUCUUUCUUUCUUUCUUUCUUUUUUCUUUUUCUUUCUAUUAUUCUUUAUUUAUUCAUCUGAUUCUUUCUUUCUUUCUUCCUUUCUUUCUUUCAUUCUCUCUUUCUCGCUUUCUUUCUCACUUUCUUUCUUUCUUUAUUUCUUUCUUUCUUUCUUUCUUUCUUUUUAAACUAAUUAUUGUAUCUCUCCUGUAUACAAGACACGCACAAACACCCCCCCCACACACACACUGUAUCUCUUCAUCUCUCUUUCUUUGUUUCUUUGUUUCUUUCUUAUACACUGUAUCUUUUCUUCUCCUUUCUUUCUUUCUUUCUUUCUUUCUUUCUUUCUUUCUUUCUUUAUACACUGUAUCUCUUCUUAUCCUGUCGUAUCCUCUUUCUUUCUUUCUUUAUUUAUUUAUUUAUUUAUUUUUUUUUUUUAUACACUGUAUCUCUUCUUUCUUUCUUCUUUUCUUUCUUUCUUUUCUUUCUUUCUUUCUUUCUUUCUUUCUUUUCUUUUUUUUUCUUUCUUUCUUCUUUCUCUUCUUUCUCUUUCUUUCUUUCUUUCUUUCUUUUUCUACACUGUAUCUCUUCUUUCUCCUUUCUUUUUCUUUCUUUCUUUCUUUCUUUCUUUUUUCUUUCUUUCUUUCUUUCUUUCUUUCUUUCUUACACUCUUUCUUUCUUUCUUUCUUUCUUUCUUUCUUUCUUUCUUUCUUUCUUUUUUUCUUUCUUUCCUUUCUUUUUUUUUUUUCUUUCUUUCUUUCUUUCUUUCUUUCUUUAUACACUGUAUCUCUUCUUCUCCUGUCUUCUUCUCUUUCUUUCUUUCUUUCUUUCUUUCUUUCUUUCUUUCUUUCUUUCUUUCUUUCUUUCUUUCUUUCUUUCUUCUCCUGUCUUCUUCUUUUCUUUCUUCUUUCUUUCUUUAUUUCUUAUCUUUUUCUUUCUGUCUUCUCUUUCUUUCUUUCUUUCUUUCUUUCUUUCUUUCUUUCUUUCUUUCUUUCUACACUGUAUCUCUUCUUCUCCUGUCUUCUUCUUUUUCUUUCUUUCUUUCUUUCUUUCUUUAUACACUGUAUCUCUUCUUCUCCUGUCUUCUUCUCUUUCUUUCUUUCUUUCUUUUUUUUUCUUUCUUUCUUUCUUUCUUUCUUUCUUUCUUUCUUUCUUUCUUUCUUUCUUUAUACACUGUAUCUCUUCUUCUCCUGUCUUCUUCUCUUUCUUUUUUCUUUCUUUCUUUCUUUCUUUCUUUCUUUCUUUCUUUCUUUCUUAUACAUUUCUAUCUUUCUUUUCAUAUCUAUCUAUCUAUCUAUCUUGUUCUGUUCAUAUCUAUCUAUCUAUCUAUCUAUCUAUCUAUCUAUCUAUCUAUCUAUCUAUCUCCGUAUAUUCACAUCUCUCUCUAUCUAUCUAUCGCAGUCUUUAUUAUCUAUCUAUCUAUCUAUCUAUCUCAGCUUUCUUCAUAUGUAUCUAUCUAAGUCUGUUUCCAUCUGUCUGUUUCAGUCUGCUUCCUUCCAUCUAUCUAUCUAUCUAUCUAUCUAUCUAUCUAUCUAUCUCAGCCUUUUCAUAUUUAUUUAUCUAAUUUUAUACCUUUUUGAAUUCGUCUCUUCAUUUUCUUCCUUUUUUUCAUAUUUUCUUUCGUUUCUUUCUUUUUAUGUUUCGUCCUUCUUUCCAUUCUAUCAUUGUUUCUUUUCUUUAUUCUCAUUAUUUUUCUUCCUUUCUUUCAUUUUUAGAAUUGCUUCUUUCUUACAUUAUAUGAAUUUUCCCGCUUCUUUCUUUCUUUCUUUCUUUCUUUCUUUCUUUUCCUCUGAUUGGCCUUUCUUACAUUAUAUGUAUUUUCACGCAUCAUUUUUUAUCUUUCAUGCUUUCUUUCCUUCUUUCUUUCUGUCUUUCUUUUUUUCUCUUUCUUUCUUUCCCUCUUUCUUUCUGUCUUUCUUUUUUUCUCUUUCUUUCUUUGUUUCUUUCUUUCGUUUUCUCUGA